GACGUCAUGCCGUGCCCGUGCCCAAAUGCUAGGCCCGUUCGAUUUACCUACACCGCCCUACACAUUUCUGCACCGGUAGUAUGCAUAGAGUUAUGGUAGUAGUUAGAAGGCUCGUUUGAUUUGCCCGAUUUGCCUCCACCUUCUGCACGAAUAGAGCGAUCCGAGUUACUCCGGUGGGUCGGAUCACGUGACAACACUGUUUGAAAAAGCGUUGGACGCGAGGUCAGGCGAGGUUUUAGAACGGCAAGGGGUAAAACAUUUACUCCGGUGUACGAUCGAGUAAAUUUUCGAACACUGCACGUAUCAGCGCCUUGUUUUUUUGUCGGUGUUGGUCGUGGUCCUUUCGAGUACUUGGCGUAGUACUAAUUCGCAAAAUGGCAACGAGGGCCCAGUUCGAGAACAACAACGAGAUCGGCGUGUUUGCCAAGCUCACAAAUGCGUACUGCCUGGUUGCGAUCGGUGGAUCGGAGAACUUCUACAGCAUCUUCGAGGGCGAGUUGGCCGACACCAUCCCAGUGAUUCACACUUCUGUCGCCGGCUGCCGUAUCAUCGGGCGCCUGACCGUGGGCAACCGUCACGGUCUCCUGGUUCCGAACACGACCACGGACCAGGAACUUCAGCACCUCCGGAACUCCCUGCCGGACAGCGUCAAGAUCCAAAGGAUAGAGGAGCGUCUGUCGGCGCUCGGAAACGUGAUCGCCUGCAACGACUACGUGGCCCUCACACAUCCGGACCUGGACAAGGAGACGGAGGAAAUCAUAGCGGACGUGCUCAAGGUGGAGGUCUUCCGGCAGACGAUAGCGUCCAACGUCUUGGUGGGCAGCUACUGCGCCCUGAGCAAUCAGGGCGGUCUGGUCCAUCCGAGGACUUCGGUCGAGGACCAGGGAGAGCUGUCUUCUCUGCUCCAGGUCCCUCUGGUGGCCGGCACGGUGAACCGCGGCAGCGACGUGGUGGGGGCGGGCAUGGUGGUCAACGACUGGUGUGCCUUCUGCGGCAUGGACACCACCAGCACGGAGCUGUCCGUGGUGGAGAGCGUCUUCAGGCUCAACGAGGCCACCCCGGCGGCCAUCACGACCACCAUGAAGGCCUCCCUCAUCGAGAGCAUGACCUGAUGCUGCCCUGGGAUGCGAGGAUGGAUCGCAAAUGGACACCAAUCUUUGCAAGCCCCAUGUACAGUAAAGCAGGUCCACUGCUGUGCCUAAUUUUUUUGUUUUUAAAUAAUAAAGAAUGCACUUGCUGAUUCAUAA